GGUGUCAUUUGGUACAAAGCAUCUGUGUUGAGGGUAUAUUGUGAAUGCACAGGUGAGGUCUUUAUAAACAGUGAGAGGGCAUAGGAAAAAACAGCAGUGGUUGCUUCCCCCUGAGACAGACAGACUCGUCUCCAGACUCUACAGAACACAGUUGUCUUCCCUCCACGGAUCAAGCCCUAUCAGACUGAGAGACAUGUCCUCCUCCUCUCUCCCGUGGUGCCUGCUGGUGGUGUGUGUUCUGACUGUGGUCCAGAUCUAUGCAGCAGAGGAACCUAUGGUCCUCAAGGUGUUCAACCUCCAUGCCACUGACCUGCACAGCAGCCUGCUAGGGACCCCUGAUGCCUACGUCGAGGUGUUCAGAGCGCACGGCUUUCUCGGGAGGACAGAGGUGAAGAACAACAACCAUGACCCCAGCUGGAAGGAGGAGUUCAGCUUCCUCAACGCCCGUGAGAACAACAUCUUGAGGUUGGAGGUGUACGACAGCGACAUCAACACCGACGACCUGCUGGGGACCUGCGAGCGCUCCAUCAAGAUUGGAACUUGGCAACAUAAAUGUUUCCUGAAGACAGGCGGGAUCCUGAACUACUCCUACACCCUAGAUCCCCUACAGUAAACCCUGUACUACUCCUAUACCCUAGAGCCUCUGCAGUAGACCCUGUACUAGUCCUACACCCUAGAGCCUCUACAGUAGACCCUGUACUAGUCCUACACCCUAGAGCCCCUACAGUAGACCCUGUACUACUCCUACACCCUAGAGCCUCUAUAGUAGACCCUGUAUUCAUCCUACCCUACACCCUAGAGGCCCUAGCCCAGCAUAGAGCCCCUCCAUCAACAACUGUAAUCCAACAAUACUCAGCUAGACCUCCUCCUCCCUUGUCUGACCCCUCAUCUGUUACAUUGCUUUCUCAUUCCAAAUCAAAUCAAACCUUAUUGAAGCCAGCCGCCGCCAUAUCGGUUCACCUCAUAAAGAGCAGUCCUCCAUAGGAUGCCACGGACAAAAUUACAUGUAUUUAAGUCUUUCUUUGUUGUAGUGGGGACAGUAACAUUGGUACUCUCUAAAAACGCUACUUUAUUAUACUUUAAAAGUAUGCAUUAAGGCAUAUAUAAUAGAUUAUACUUGGCAAAAACAAAUGUUGACAACAAUAAAUGUAUUUCUAUAUAAUCCCAAAUUGUUUUUACAAUGGUGAAGGAGUUGAAUGGUGAAGGAGUUGAAUGGCUGCGCAGUGGCUUCCAAACAGCGGCCAAUUGUAGUCAUCAAGGGUUUUAUACACAUUAUUGAUUCCUUACACCCUCAACUAGAGAGUAUGCCUGCUCUUACCAACAACAACAUCCGACCCCCAUCUAGCCCCUCUCCCCUGACAUGGAUUUCUAAUUCUCCUCAAACUGAGCUGAAAAACCGUCCUCCCCCUGACCUCAUCCUCGGGCUCAUCAUAACAGACUAGAUUCUAGAACAUUGAGCAGUACAAAACUCCACCUCCCCCCUACAGUUAGUUCAUUGUAAUUAGUGUCUACACAUUUACCUUAGAACUGAAGUAGUGAAUGAGUUAACAUCUGUCACUCACUGGUGUCUGGCCUGCUGUCACUGUGUCUGGCCUGCUGUCACUGUGUCUGGCCUGCUGUCACUGUGUCUGGCCUGCUGUCACUGUGUCUGGCCUGCUGUCACUGUGUCUGGCCUGCUGUCACUGUGUCUGGCCUGCUGUCACUGUGUUUGGCCUGCUGUCACUGUGUCUGGCCUGCUGUCACUGUGUCUGGCCUGCUGUCACUGUGUCUGGCCUGCUGUCACUGUGUCUGGCCUGCUGUCACUGUGUCUGGCCUGCUGUCACUGUGUCUGGCCUGCUGUCACUGUGUCUGGCCUGCUGUCACUGUGUCUGGCCUGCUGUCACUGUGUCUGGCCUGCUGUCACUGUGUCUGGCCUGCUGUCACUGUGUCUGGCCUGCUGUCACUGUGUCUGGCCUGCUGUCACUGUGUCUGGCCUGCUGUCACUGUGUCUGGCCUGCUGUCACUGUGUCUGGCCUGCUGUCACUGUGUCUGGCCUGCUGUCACUGUGUCUGGCCUGCUGUCACUGUGUCUGGCCUGCUGUCACUGUGUCUGGCCUGCUGUCACUGUGUCUGGCCUGCUGUCACUGUGUCUGGCCUGCUGUCACUGUGUCUGGCCUGCUGUCACUGUGUCUGGCCUGCUGUCACUGUGUCUGGCCUGCUGUCACUGUGUCUGGCCUGCUGUCACUGUGUCUGGCCUGCUGUCACUGUGUCUGGCCUGCUGUCACUGUGUUUGGCCUGCUGUCACUGUGUCUGGCCUGCUGUCACUGUGUCUGGCCUGCUGUCACUGUGUCUGGCCUGCUGUCACUGUGUCUGGCCUGCUGUCACUGUGUCUGGCCUGCUGUCACUGUGUCUGGCCUGCUGUCACUGUGUCUGGCCUGCUGUCACUGUGUCUGGCCUGCUGUCACUGUGUCUGGCCUGCUGUCACUGUGUCUGGCCUGCUGUCACUGUGUCUGGCCUGCUGUCACUGUGUCUGGCCUGCUGUCACUGUGUCUGGCCUGCUGUCACUGUGUCUGGCCUGCUGUCACUGUGUCUGGCCUGCUGUCACUGUGUCUGGCCUGCUGUCACUGUGUCUGGCCUGCUCUGAUCCUCACUUUAGUAUGACAUCAAUUAAUACAAAUCUUGUUUCCCUGCACAAUGGUCUCAGUCUGGCUCUCUCCAGUUCUUCACUGAAAUACCAAAUUACCAUAUUCAUGUUAUAGAAAUAACAGCUAGCCUACAAUUUGACAAUGAGGCUUACAUCUUUUCAAUCAUAGUCUCUUACCAUGUUUAGUGUGGACACCGGACUUUGGCCACAAAUUGUCAAUAAAACUGUGGAAUUAUGAUUUCAACAAGGUAAUUGAACCUCUGUUAGAGAAAACGGAAUGUUUUUGAGAAAAAUAGUACAAUUCCUAGAGAGAGAAAUUAAGAAAACCUUUUAAGCUAAAUGUGUUUGUUUACUGUCAUAGUAUCUAAUUAGCAGCAUCUUCAUGAUUCAACAUUGGUUCUCUUUCACAACAGUUAAAAAUGUAAACAAUCAAAUAAUAUAGCAUUUCCCCUGCAAAGAAGGUUGUUGUUUUGGGGGGAUUGUGAUUAAGUAAGAAAGCAGUAUUCAGCUAUUUGUGGUAUACCCGGCCAGAUGUACAGAUAGCUAAGCUGGAUUCUUCUUGUGCUGUAAAGAAACGAGUAAGGAAACGAGGCAGAACCAGGUGGAACGAGGCGUACCAAACACAUUUCAGACCAGCUUGAACAAACACAGGUGUGGAAAAAUGUGUUGCUGUGGGAAUAAGUCAUGAUGACACAUGAUACGUCACUCAGCUAUUAGUCCCUGUUUGUGUUCCAAAUGGCACCCUAUUCCCUGUGUAGUGCACUGCCCACUCUAUGGGCCCUGGUCUAAAGUAGUGCACUAUAUAGGGAAUAGGGUGCCAUUUGGGAUGAAGAUAUUGUAAAGAACUAGUAACCUCCCCUUUAUGGACACAUUGGACUGGCUGUGUAUGAAAACAUUUCUGGAUGUCAAAUCCUUGCUUCCUCCCUCCUUGUUUCCUCAAUUUAUCUUAAAGAUCAUUGGAGGAGAAGGUCCAUGGGAGGGAAAUUGGAUCUUCUCCUCCAAUGAGCUUUAAGAGAGAGGUUACUGGUUGGUUAAUGGGAGUCUGGGUCUAACAGGUGAGUAAUAAUGAUGAGAAUUCUGCCACGCUAAAGAUGAUAAACACCUCGUUGUCAAAUUGUAGGCUAGCUGUUAUUUCAACAACAUAAAAUAUAUGGUAAAAAUCAAUUGUUUUAUGAAGACUGAAGUAUAUCAUGAGUAAGUAUAUCAUGAGUAAGUAUAUCAUGAGUAAGUAUAUCAUGAGUAAGUAUAUCAUGAGUAAGUAUAUCAUGAGUAAGUAUAUCAUGACGUGUCGUUUAUUGUUUCUAUUGAACGUGCCAUACUAAUAAAGGCAUUGUCACGCCUUG